GUGGUCUUGAAACAAUGAUAGGUAUGACUAAAAUGCCAACCAAAACUGCUUGCAUACCUGUUUUGGAAGGCACCCAUACACCAAUAUGCAGUUGGAAUUAAAAUCAUAUCUGCUCCUAUGCCUAAAAUAUUGUCAAAUGAAAAUUUGGAAAAAAUUUAACUGCAAUUGUUAGUAUUUCUUGUUCAACAGAGUAUUCUAAAGUUAUCGUUUUGUAUAUUAGUGUAAAAGAAAAACAGAUAGUAUUUUUCUCGAUGAUAAUAUUUCUGGUGUAAGCUAUCUGAUUGCACAUCAUGUCUUCUAUAAGUCAUCCGCAACAUAAGUGUAAUCACGAAGAGAACAGAUUUAAAGUGUGCGCGCCUUGUGGGAGAAAGAUUAAAUUCGGAUCGUCAAAACCUUCAGAAUUUAAUAUAACCGGAAAAUUGGCAUUUGUGGUACAUGUCGUAGGGUUCUCUGUGACCGAGAUAUGGAUAUACCAAAUGCAACGCGGCCUCUUCCAAACAUGCCUAACUAUGAAGAUUCGACAAAAGAAACAAGAACAAGUUCAUGCUCUUGUUAUAUCUGGCUCACUGCUCGGGCAACCAGCCAUCCAAAAGUUAUACAAGGGAGAGCACAUACCUUAAAUGUAUUGAGUGAAAAAAACUCCACCAAUGGGUUGACUGCUUUGUCAGUUGGGUCAGAAUUAAAAAAUCAUGUAAGUAAACUCGCUAAAGCCUUCCGAAGCACAGAAAUGUCGGAAACAUUAAAAAUUCACGUGCUUCUAAAUCAUUUGGAACAUAGUCUGCAUUUUUUAGGCAACGACGGCUUCGGAAUGUGGUCGGAGCAAGCUGGAGAAUCCAUUCAUGGCGUAUUUUUAAGAUUUUGGCUCAAUUAUAAAGUUAAUUCGAUUGACGACCCUAAAUAUAUAAUCAAUUAAAAAAAAAAACUGUCGUUGAAUUUUCAUCAAAACACAUAUGAAUUUAUAUAAAAUAAUAUUUUAUAUUGACUUUGUAAAUUUAUAAAAUUUAUGCAAUAAGAAUUAUUAAAAUAUGCAAUUAUGUAAUAUUAUCUCUUGAAUAACUAAGUUAAAAUAUUUUAUGCUUAUAACGUAAGAAAGUGUUAUAAUUAUAUUACCAUAGACCUUCGCGAUUAUAUAACUAGAUUUGGAAAGUUCUAGAUCAACAUUUUAUAAUAUUUUAAGCAUAGGAGCAGAUGGAAUUUUAUUUUCAACGAAAUUUUGAUCUAUGAUUAUGUACAAAGACAGUUAUGUAAGCCGUUUUGGUUGGCAUUUUAGUCAUAGCUAUGGUUGCUUCAAGACC